AUGGGUUCAAUUACAGAACCAGUCCAAGAAAUAAAAAUCAGCAAGCCCCCGGGGAUUCGAUUUGUAGAGUACAUAAAAAGAUCGACCAUUUCUUACCAAACCUAUCAAGCCAUUGUCCUAAUAGUAACAUUUUUCGCGUACACAGCUUACCAUGCUACACGAAAAACUACCAGCAUAGUGAAAAGUGCACUCGAUCCCCAAUCACCGGAUGUGAACUUGAAAUUGCCCUUCUCGUGGAGAAGGGCAUAUGCACACAAGCCAUUGGAGAGCACUAGAAAUUCAUGGGUGCUUGGAGCGGGUUGGGAACCAUUUAAUGGUUCCGAUGGCACAUCAUUGCUAGGUGAACUUGACGUGGGGUUCCUUUUUGUUUAUGCUAUCGGAAUGUUCUUCUCCGGGCAUGUGGGUGAUCGAAUGGAUCUUAGACGAUUUCUGACUAUAGGAAUGGUGGGAACUGGUUUAUUCACUGCUCUAUUUGGAGUCGGAUAUUGGGCUAACGUUCAUAACUUUUAUUACUACUUGAUAGUUCAAAUGCUUGCCGGAUUGUUCCAAUCGACAGGUUGGCCGUCUGUGGUUGCAGUCGUAGGUAAUUGGUUCGGCAAGAAGAAGCGAGGGCUCAUAAUGGGUAUAUGGAAUGCUCACACGUCGAUUGGGAACAUUACAGGGUCUGUGGUUGCUUCUAUGUUGUUGAAGUAUGGAUGGGGUUGGUCCAUGGUUGUUCCCGGUCUAGGUAUAACUUUUAUCGGGCUAGUCGUAUUUUUUUUGUUGCCUGUAAGUCCUGAAUCGGUUGGAGCUGAUAUAGACUGCGAUGAUCUCCCCUAUCCCAAAAAAGUAGAGGAAGAAGUAGCAGAACCUUUGUUGAAGCCAGAGGUCGAAGAGGAGUCAGCUGUCGGGUUUUUAGAAGCAUGGAGAAUUCCCGGGGUUGCUCCUUUUGCUCUCUGCCUAUUCUUUGCUAAGUUGGUGGCUUACACAUUCCUCUACUGGCUUCCUUUCUACAUUAGCCACACAGCUAUUGAGGGAAGGUAUGUGUCUAAUGAAGAAUCUGGGACUUUAUCUACGAUGUUUGAUGUUGGAGGAGUAGUUGGAGGGAUCCUGGCUGGCCACAUUUCAGAUUGGUUAGGUGCACGGGCCAUAACAGCCGCAAGUUUCAUGUAUUGUGCGAUCCCGGCUCUCUUUUUCUACAGAAGCUAUGGGCACAUUUCCAUGACUGUAAAUAUCGCCCUCAUGUUGAUCACCGGAAUGUUUGUGAAUGGACCAUACGCUCUUAUCACAACUGCAGUUUCGGCUGACCUGGGAACGCACAGCUCUUUAAGAGGAAAUUCCAGGGCCCUAGCCACAGUCACGGCUAUUAUAGAUGGGACAGGUUCCAUUGGGGCCGCCAUUGGUCCACUGCUAACAGGAUACAUUUCAGCCAAGAGCUGGAGUGCAGUUUUCUCGAUGCUGAUGGUAUCAGCGCUAAUAGCUGGCUUGCUUCUAACAAGGCUCAUGGUGGCCGAGGUGACUGCGAAGUUUCAAUCAUCACACGAAUCCAAUAGGUCAAGGCCGUCUACAAUUGAACCCGGAUUUUACUCAUUACUGCCUUUCCCUCAAAAAAAAUUAUCAUAUCUCGCGCAAAAGAGAAAGAUUACAGACAUACAAUUCGAUCGCCUUCAAAUUCGCCUGAAUAAUUUGAUCUUUCGUUGCAGCCGUGAUAUUCCAUUGAUAAUUUGA